CCCGGCUCUUCUUGCUGCGCUGGGACUGUCCCCCUACGGAGACUUGGUCGGGGCCAUGGAGACGGCGGCGUGGGCACGGUACUUGUCUCGGUCGUGGCUCUGCAGGAGGGCCUGGCCAGGCUGCAGCCGGCACUACCGGGCCGUGCUGUGCUCCGAGUUGAAGCAGCCCCUGGCAAUUGAGGAGGUCGCCCCCCGUCCUGUUGGGCCCCACGAGGUCAGAGUUGAUGUCCAUUUCUCUGGAGUUAACUUUGCUGAUAUUUUGGUAUGUCGUGGUCAGUAUCAGGAAAGGCCCCGACUUCCUUUCAUACCUGGAAUGGAGUUCUCUGGAAUAGUAUUGGAGACAGGCAGAGACGUCCACUCGGUGAAAGAGGGAGAUCGAGUUAUUGGCUUAAGGAGGCUUAAUUGUAUGGCUGGAGAAUGCAUCAUUGAUCACAAGGCACUGUGGCAGAUUCCAGAAGGGAUCUCCCUCCGAGAGGCUGCUGUCCUGCCUGCAUCUUAUAGCACUGCUAUUUUGGCCCUGGAGCAUCGGGCCGGUACCCAGCCUGGAGAAACUGUUUUAGUGACGGCAGCUGCUGGAGCCACAGGCCUGGCUGUGAUAGAUGUGGCGACAAAUGUUCUUCAGGCCAAGGUCAUAGCGGCAGCUGGAAGUGAGGAGAAGUGCAAGCUGGCGAUGCAGAAGGGCGCACAGUUCAGUGUGAACUACAGUCAGGGCAGCCUGAAGGAGGCACUGGGGAAGCUGGUGGGCAGCAGAGGGGUGGACGUGGCCAUCGACACCGUGGGAGGAGAUGUCUUCCUGGAGGCUCUCCGCAGCCUAGCAUGGGAGGGCAGGAUUGUGGUAGUGGGAUUUGCUGGAGGAACCAUUGCUUCUGUGUCGGCCAAUCUUCUGCUCCUGAAGAAUAUCUCUGCCAUGGGGAUAUUCGGGAUCCGAUACCAGGGCCAGAACUUUCCCGUCUUCUCCAGGGCCCUGUCCUCAGCAAUUCAGUACUGCCUUGAAGGGCGCAUCCAUCCAUACAUUGGAGCAGUUUUUAAGCUGGAGGAGGUCAAUGAUGCCUUCCUUCAUGUCAUAAAUCGCACCUCCACGGGCAAGGUGCUUCUCUCCCUUAAAUGAACCCUUACAAACUCAGCAUGUCUAAAUCCAAAACUCAUCCUCCUUCCAAAAAACCUGAUUUCCCUUAUGUUUCGAAAGGUCUUACCACCUUCCUUAUUAAUCCAGUUUCAAAAUCUUUUCAAUUAACCUUUGAUUCUGUUUUCUGAUUCCUCACAAUUAGUGUGAUCAUAUACUUGCUUGUCCAAACUUGGACCCAUUUGUGAGUGAAAGGAUGCUCUUAGGAACUGCACCAGGGAAACAGGUGUCCCAGGCAAGCCUGUUUGUAAUGCAUCAGUGGUCAGGUUCUGUCAUCCCCAUCUCUCGCCUCCAUAGCCUCUUUUCCAGUCUAAUGAUGUCACAUAUGCUAAUUCCAGUCACCCCCUAACUGACUUUCCUACCUUUAAACUACCUUCCUCCUUCCUUGUUACUAAAUACUGCCAUGGCAACCUUCCCAAAGCACAGCCAUGACGGUAUUGUCUCUGAACCCUAAAUGGCUCACCAUCGUCUACAGGGUGGCUUUCAGACUCCUCGAGCUGGCACUUCAUGAUGACCAGGAUUUUGCCCCUGUCUGCUUUCCAGCCUUGUGUUGGACAGCUCCACUGCUCCCUCAGUACUUUCAGAUUUCUCGCCUCCCCCACUUUGCUCAAGCAGUUUCCUCUAUGCUCUUACCUCUGUUAGACAUAAGCCUUCCUCACCUCCAAGACCUACUUCGGCCUUGAGCUUUUCCCCUCUGGAGGGUGGUCAUCUCUUCUCUUCCCCUCUUCCCUUCCUGUAGCUUCUCCCCCAGGAUGUGUCACACUCUGCCUUGCACCAGCAGGAGCAGCAUGUCUAGUGCCGUGAACAUAGGAGUCUAAAUCCCAGAGGUGGGUUUGAAUCCCAGUCUCAGCACUUUGGAGGUGGUUACUGAAGGUCUCCAAGCUUUUGUUUCGCUCCCUGUAAAGUGGGUAUUACAAUCUCCAGCUCACAAGGUUCAUGUGAGCAAUACAAGCUGUGGUGGGGCAAGGCACCUGCCUUGGGGUAGGUGGUUAGCAUGUGCUGGUCACUGUUAUUUCUUCCUCUCCUCCUUUCCCAAGGUUACUUAAGUUCCUUGAAAGCAGGUCUGAUUCACCUGUACCACACACCUGUACCACUCACCUAGCGCAGUGAGUUUCCAUGGAACUGAGCUGAAUUUGAAUCAUUGCAAGUCUUAGAUUAUGGGAUCAAGUUAAAAAUAUAUUACCCUGGAAGCAAAUGUUCAUCACAGACAAAUGGAUAAACAAAAACAAAAUUGCUGUAUACAUACGCUGGAAUAUCAUUCAGCCUUAAAACAGAAGGAAAUUUUGACACCUCCUACAACAUGGAUGGACCUUGAGGACAUUAUGCCAAGUGUGCUAAGCUGGUCAGUCACUAAAGGACAAAUAUUGUAUAAGCACCUGUGAUCGUUAAAGUCAUAGAAACAGAAAGUAGACUUGUGGUUGCCAGCACCUGGGGAGAGGAGGAAAUGGGGAGUUAUGGGUCCAAAGCUCCCCCUCAGGAAGAUGAAAAAUUUCUCGACAUGGAUGGUGGUGACAGUGGCAUGACACUGUUAAUGUGCUGAACGCCGUGGACCCAAUCACUUGGAAAAUGGUUAAAAUGGUAAAUUUCAUGUUAUGUAUAUUUUACUGAUCUA